AGUUUGAUCUCAUAUGUGAUAAGUCGAUGUAUGGCUCCAUCAUCGUCACCAUYGUUUCGGUUGGAUCUGCAGUAGGAGUAAUAUUGGUUGGUAUGAUAUCUGACUGGUUUGGCCGUARAACAGCCAUUUUCCUUUCUGGCUUGAUUGUGAGCAGUAUUCUUCUUUAUUUACGAUUCUCUCAGAGUUUUUGGAUGGUGGUUGUUCCAAUGUUCAUUUUUGGAAUCGGUCAUUAUGGUGCUUUAUUCACCGGUCUUGUUUACAUCGUGGAAUUCGUCGGCAUCGAGCAAAGGCCCUUGUAUGGUAACCUCUUUUGGACGUCGUAUGGGCUGGGCUUCGUGGUCUUUGCAGGCAUUGCCUACCUUGCUCGAGAAUGGAAAACAUUGGUACUUAUCCUUGGACUUUGUGGGCUGCCUGGCUUAGUGUUAUGCUGGUUGGCACCUGAGUCCCUUCGAUGGCUAAUAGUUCAAGAAAAAGAAGAACAAGCUCGGAAAACGUUGCAACUCAUUUCCAAGAUAAACAAAAAAGAGGUACCACAUGACAUCACACUGCCAAGAUAUUCCAAAACGAAAAAAUCUUCUCAUGAUAUCAGAUUGUUGUUCCGCGGAAAUUUUGCAAAGUAUACUCCAGUAAUCUGGUUUGCAUUCUUCGCGAACGCAAUGAUCUACACCGGUUUAUACCUAAUCGCCCCUAACAUAGGAGGAAGUAUAUAUCUCAACUGGUUUCUUGCUGGGGUAACAGAAAUAUUCAGCGCCGGUUUAGGAUCGUGGAUUCAUAGCAG